AUGUUUUACUUGAUUGGAUUGGGAUUGUACGAUGAAAAUGACAUUACACUGCGAGGAUUGCAAACUGUAAAAAAAUGUCAGCGCAUCUAUUUAGAAGCAUAUACAUCUAUUUUGCUUGUAAAUAAGGAUCGCCUGGAGUCACUUUAUGAAAAAGAAAUUACGCUUGCCGAUCGUGAAAUGGUAGAAAGCAACAGCGAUGAAAUCUUGAAAGAUGCAGAUACUUGCGAUGUCGCUAUGCUUGUCGUGGGCGAUCCUAUGGGUGCUACUACCCAUGCUGAUUUGGUAUUACGCGCCCGUGAACUCAAUAUUCCUGUGCGAAUGAUUCAUAAUGCAUCCAUCAUGAACGGAAUUGGCGCUAGCGGUCUACAACUCUACAAAUUUGGCCAAACCGUCAGCCUUGUAUAUUUUGAAGGAAAUUAUCGUCCUCAAAGUUUCUAUGACCGCAUUAAAGAAAACGUUAGUUUAGGUCUUCACACCUUGGUGCUUCUUGACAUUAAAGUGAAAGAACAAAGCUGGGAAAACCUUGCCCGGGGUCGUAAAAUCUACGAGCCUCCUCGUUAUAUGUCAGCUAGUUUGGCUGCUCAACAAAUGAUAGAAGUUGAAGAGGAUCGCAAAGAAGACAUCUGUUCCGCUGAUUCAUUGGCUGUGGCUAUAGGUAGACUUGGCUCUGAUGAUCAAGUAAUUGUUUCUGGUACUUUGGGUGAAAUUGCUGAAUACGAUGUUGGACCUCCUCUUCACAGCGUUCUCCUUGUUGGCAAAGAAGUUCACGAUAUGGAACUGGACUAUCUGAAGAUGUUUGCCAUCAACAAAAAUAAUUUUGAACGUGUUGCAAAGUUGUACCUUCAAAGAUAA